AGGUAGAUGCACUCGUGAAUAUUCUGUCAUGUUUGUCGCCUUUGACUUUGAAGAGUGGGAGAACAGCUCAUUACCAGGCUGGGCAUGCGAUAAACUAGGGUGUGGAAGCCGUGCUUUCAUGGCCAACUUUAGUCAGUAUUGGAAUUCGUCCCCCGAUAUGUUCUUCGCUCCUUACGGUCAGCUUCAGGGUGCUAUUAUCAUGGACACUAUGAUGAACUACGACUCAACUCCUAAUUCACAAAUCGUACCCCUACAACUGAAGACGAUUUUUCCCAAGCAGUAUAAAAGUAUAAUUGGAAACAAGAAGAGGGGUGAUUUCUUACUUAUUACAGGACGACAGCGAGAUACAGGACGACAGCGAGACGAUAAAGAACUGCUUGAUACUUUUGAAUCCUGUUACAAUAGAAUAGACAUUUCUUUAGCAAUUACGGGCAGAGAACGGAGUGACAAGUACAAGCUGCAAGUUUUUCCACUUCCUUUUCAUGGACCGCCAAGCAAACUUCCUGAAAGAGAUAAAAGUAGUAUACGCCCUUUCCUCAGGAGCGAUCACGUCAGUUUCUGGAACAAACUUACAUCCAACAGAGCUAUCUUCUUGAGCGAUACGGCAAACAUGAGAAGUUACAUGAGAACCUGUUAUCACCAACUCUGCGAUAGCUUGAGUCACGUGACCGAUGACGUCCUUGGAUUCUUGUCCAAGUCAUGUGACACUAUUGUCAUGACAACCAAUGUUCUAACUAAGACCAGAUGUAGUAGUGGCAGAAAUUCAUCAUCUGAAGGCUUGACUUCUGGAACAAUUGCRAAAAUAGUMGUAGCCGGUAUCUGUACUUUCAUUGGUUUCGUUAUUGUUACGGUGGCGAAAUCUACUUACUGUCGAAGGCGAUCCAGUGAUUCAGAUGUUCUGGUUGACGGUGAUCAGCUGGAAGAAGUCAGCCUUGACUUUACAUCCCCUGAACCAGAAAGUUGUGAGRACCAAUCGUCUGUGUAGAAGCCUGAUAGGACUUGGACGAAACAUUGUCUUGCCUCUCAAGAAACAAACGACCUUCACCUUCAAAUUUUAUCGAUGCCCUGAAGCUACCUCUGCACAGAUCGAAUCGGAAUUUAGAUAAUUUUGUGUUUUAAAUAUAGCGGCAGUGAGAGUGUAGUGUGUGACAUCAUAGUCAAUAGCCAUAUGAAAUAACUAUGGUGGCAUACCUAAACAGUAGCCCCUGGCUAGGGAGACUCGGAAACGUCGACUCCCCGUGUAAACCGCUCAUUAGAGUCUGUCAUACCGAAAGGGGAUCAAAACAUAGCAUUUUGUGAUCAAAUUUUGUGUYAUUUUUUCUUAGUCGAGAGUUAGUUAUGCAUAUUUCCCGAUACGCUGUAAGAUGGGCCAUAUCGUGCGCCAUCGACCAGGUUUCGUACUCAAAUUUAAAUUAGGUAAAGGAGGUAAAUUUUGAAUUCAAAAUAUCUAUUUUUUUCAAAUUAGAGUCAGGAUUUUUUUACCUGGCGGACCCUAUGUAAUAGGMACCCAACCACCGUAUUAAAAGAAAAUAACUUUUGCUAUAUCAAAAUCGCGACGUAUUUUGCCUUUAGAAAAUAAGCUUGAUGUUAGAGUAUAGUGCAUCUAUUCUAGAGAUUCUAGUGCAAACACUUUUUGUAAUCUUUUUAUUACGAUUUAAUGGYAUCACAUUCCUUCUCGUAAGUCAGUUCGAACUUAUUUAGCAAGUAAAACGAUAUACCAGCACAAGCUACCCUGCACUAUAAUUUUGAUCGCAUCAAAAGAAAAUUAUCGGUUUCGGCACAGUUCGCUGAUUUCAAGCCGAGAGAGGCUGGGACCUCAGGUAUUGUUUUUUUCGGAGGGAAGUGACAUGAGUUWAAAAUAAAACCGCGUAUUACAAUC